AUGACCGACGCUACUUUCCACACCACCAUUCAGGACAUCCGCAAGCCUGAAUCCCACGCCUCCCACGCUAAGGCCGGACAGACCCCCGCUAACUCCAACGUUUCUGCGAUGAAGUCUAUCAUCGACGAGAACAACGCCGACAAGGCCUCCAAGAUCGAACAGAUCAAGGCCAACCUGCCCCUGCCUGACCAGCCCCCCGUCGCUAGCGACUGGAACUCGGCCGACCAGAGAACCGUCAAUGUCGGUUCUGGCGGUCGGGAAGGUCCCGUGUCUGGAGAGAACAACAGUGCUCUGAGAGAACCCGCUACUGCUAGCAGCAGCGUCCGCGUCGACGGAUCCGAAUUGCAUCAGAACACCCAGCCCAGUAGCGACGUUGGUCGCCAGGGCAAGGACAACCUUGAGGGUCUCCCCAAGGAUGCGCUUGCCCGGUAA